UGCGCCUUUCCCCUUCGUCUGUGAUUAGAAGAAGAAGAAGAAGGUGGAGCAGUUACUUCCCAAAACCAUCCUUUCCCCCACUCUCUCUCUUGUCUGUCUUUAUCUCUUUGUUCAAUUUGAUUCCAAGUUUUUGUUUGUAAAAUUAAACUAGGGGAAUCGGAGGAGGAUCGAGUCGAAUAUUAAGCAAAUAAUAAUGCUGGAGACAGUGAAAUACCUGAUCGGCUCCGCCGGCACGAGCGGCUUCGGUUCCAAGUCCACCGGCGAGGAGGUCACCGCCGCCGCCGCCUCUCGCCUCCGCUCGAUCACGGCGAUCGUUACCGGGGCGACGUCGGGGAUUGGGGCGGAGACGGCUCGAGUGCUGGCGAUGCGGGGGGCGAGGCUGGUGCUGCCGGCUAGGAAUCUGAAGGCGGCGGAGGAGACGAAGAUGCGGAUUGCAACGGAGUUUCCCGGCGCUGAGAUCGUCGUGCUCCCGCUCGAUCUCAGCUCCUUCGCCUCUGUACGAUGCUUUGUCUCUCGCUUCCUCGCUCUGCGCCUCCCUCUCAAUCUUCUCAUAAACAACGCCGGCAAGUUCUCCCACGACUACGCCGUCACCGAGGACGGAGUCGAGAUGACCUUCGCCACCAACUAUUUAGGCCAUUUCUUGCUCACCAAGUUGCUGCUGAAUAAGAUGGCGGAAACGGCGAGAGAGACGGGGAUCCAAGGCCGCAUCGUCAACGUCACCUCCGCCAUCCACACCUGGUUCUCCGGCGACUCCCUCCAUUAUCUCGAUCUCAUCACCGGCCAGAAAGUCCCGUACGAUGGCACGCGCGUCUACGCACUGUCCAAGCUCGCAAACGUCCUGCACGCGAUGGAGUUGACUCUGCGACUCCAGCAAAUGGAAGCGAAUGUGACGGCCAACUGCGUCCACCCCGGCAUCGUACGCACCGGGCUCACACGCGACCGGGAAGGACUCGUCACAGAUUUGGCCUUUUCCCUCAUGUCUAAGCUGCUCAAAACCAUCCCCCAGGCGGCAGCGACGACCUGCUACGUGGCGGCGCACCCCGGGCUGGAGGGCGUAUCGGGGAAGUACUACGCGGACUGUAACGAGGCCUCGCCGUCGACGUCGGCGUGCAGCCGGGAAGAGGCCACGCGGAUGUGGCUCGCGUCGGAGGUCAUGACGGCUCGGUUCCGGCUGGAGGCGUUGCCUCCUUCGGAGGAAGCGGAGAUGUGACCUGUCGGAGGAACGAUUGGGUUAAUAUGACCUGCAAAAGAGAAGGAUAGUGAAGUACAGGACAAAGUAGCCGCUCCGUGUAAAUGUGAUGUGAGAGGACGGGAUAAGGCGUAGGAUACGGAAGGACGUUACCAGUGCAGCAGCAGUAGUAAGGUUGGUGAAUUAAUCGCAUGGUUAAUUCAUGUCAUAGAAUCAACAAGCGACCGUACUGCGAUGCCAUUUUUGAUAGAUUUAGUUAAUACUUCGUCUACUUUGUUAAUCUAGCUAAUAGAAAAAUGUGGAAACUUGGAUCUGUUCUAAUCCAGGAGAUGAUAUAUCGUAUAGGAUUCUAUCUUGAUAUUUUUGUUUAUUCUCAUGCAAACACGACAGUCUGCAGCAGAUUCAGUGUUCGCCCCCCUCUCUCUCUCUCUUCCUUGUUAAUGAAAUUAUUAUUUACUAAUUA